CCUUCCGUGAUCCUUUCCUGAGAGAUUAUUGGCUGGUAAUCUCGUGUUCUUCAUCGGAGAUAUCUGCUGGUUUGAAAAAAAUUGUAAUUUCCGUGGAAAAAUCGUCCUUUUUGGUGAUUUGUCGUGUUUGUUUUGAGCACUCUUCGGGAGGUGAUCGAUCAUCAGAAAUGGAUAUGGUGUCCAUUUAUCUAUUGCUGUUUUUCACCACUAGUUUGUGAUACCUUGCAUCUCGCAGAAUGUGGAGUUUUGCUAGGAAUAUGGUUGCUGGAAAAUUUGGCUCCGAGAACACCUGUGCAAAAUCAAGCAUGUCUAAUCCUGAUUGUUCUGAUGAUGAGAUUUCUUCCUGCACCAGUAAAGAAGAAGGCUUGGAGUGCCCAAUUUGCUGGGAAUCAUUUAAUAUCGUAGAGAAUGUGCCUUAUGUCCUAUGGUGUGGGCACACUCUAUGCAAGAAUUGCGUCCUGGGACUCAAGUGGGCUGUAGUCAAACUUCCGACUGUACCAAUCCAGCUACCGUUCAUCAUCUCCUGCCCAUGGUGCAAUACAUUGUCUCUGCGGUUGAUUUACAAGGGUAAUCUCACAUUUCCCCGGAAAAACUACUUCCUUCUCUGGAUGGUUGAGAGCAUGAAUUGUGAUAGGCCAAGAUCUGACUCCAUUCAUGAGGAACACCAUCCUGUGUGGCCUUCAGCUGGCAACCAGCCACGGGGAAGUCAUGGUUUCCAGCACCAUAUCAUCCGAAGAACUCCAAACAUGCAUGCAGAACACUUGGACCACAACCAAACCGAUGCAGGCUCCGCUAAUAAUUACUUCAAUAUGGAGCGGAUCCAUGCUUCCUUAUGCAAGUCGCUAGCUCUCUUUGUACAAUUUACAGCCAAGUUUCCACUUGUGAUCAUCUUCCUUCUCAUAGUCCUUUAUGCCAUCCCUGCAAGUGUUGCCAUCUUAGUUCUGUAUAUCCUCAUCACUGUCCUGUUUGCCUUGCCUUCCUUUCUGAUGCUAUACUUUGCUUACCCUACCUUGGAUUGGCUUGUGAGAGAAAUUCUUACUUGAUAUUUCGUGAAGCCAAAGAAUUCCACUCAAAAGAUGUACGCAUGGUUUUCCGCUUAUUUUCUGUAUAAAGAUGGUUCUCUAUUGCAGUUUUGUGGCACUUGAGGUGUGACGGAAUUGCUUCUUUCAUGCUGUGACUGCAGAUCAAGUUAUUGUCAUCACGUUGCCUGACUAUGUAUUCUACUUUGCUGAAGGUUAAACUAGGCCCUUCGGUCUGUCUGUUUUUUUUACUUGGAUGGUUUAAUCUUGUUUGCAAAAUAUUUGUCAGGAAUCAUCAUAUUUAUCCAAGAAUGUAUCAGUGGUGUAUGAUACAGUGAAUUCUUGCUUUGAUAUUUUAUUUCUUGAACUUA